CAGCUCAGCUUGCACUAGUGUUUCAACCGCAGGUCACCUCGUCGCAUCGGCGCUAAUGCAGAUUCACGUUCGCCCGUCCGUGGCCACGGGUCCUGUCAUUUCCCGCCCUUCAGCCCCGCACGUGCUUCGCCACUUGCGUAACCACCGCCUCGUCGAGCUCCGCGGCAUGCUCUCUGUCGUGGCCUCGAUUGGUCUCAGCACCUACGCCCUCGUUAUCUUUGCCUCGUACCUCGAGACCGACUAUUUCGUGCCCAACUUUAGCGCAGCAGCACCUAUCCUUGUCGCCAUCCUCAACCACCACCUCGCUCUCUCAAGGUCCGCCGCCAUCGACGUCCUCGCACCUCAAGCAGCCUUCGUACCGUCACUUCAAGGCACGAGCCCAGCGUAUCCGCGCCUCAUCAUGUACCAAGAGCUCACACGUCUCCUCGAUGGCGUGCGAGGUCUGCGCCACCUUGACGCCACGCAGGUCGUCAAGAUGGUUUCGCCCUACUGCUGGGCCGACCUCAACAAGACGUACGAGCUCGCUUACACUACCAAGCGCCAAGCGCGAUGCUCACAGUAUGAAGCCACAAACGGCGCUGUGCACCUCGAGACGGUGCUUCGCAACAUUGAUUUCAGCGGCUUUCUGGACGCGACCCAAGGUCUCUUUCUGUCGGCGAUAGCGCAUCCCAUUGCACGAAGCGGAUCUGCAGGCGCCGCGUGGCUCUCGUCUCUAGAGACGCAUGUGUGGACGCCCGAGGCAGACGAAGUGGCGCUCUGGGUGUCGUACGGUCUUAACCAUUACACGCUGCAGUACGGCACCGGCAUCAGCAUCGGCGUAUCCGAGUUGAUCUGGGUCGAGACCGCACUCGGUCAGAGAUUGUCGUUGCCGCUCAAGACGACGUCGACCAAAGAUCGAUGGACUCUACGGACGACAUGCGUGCUGUACGACCAACUCUAUAGUGAUUUGUACGCGAUUGGGUCCAACCAGAGUCUCGUCCGGGGCACUUUGAACUACUUUGGCGACAUUGACCCGCACCAAAUUGAAUCUUAUGCGGUCAGGCGUCCACUCCAACCAGUGCAACAGGCCAUCCACGACAACCUUGGCCCUUUCGGUAGCAUUGACGCCAAGUGGGUACCGCCGCCACCGCGCCUUCUCGCAGCGGUCGUAGCGUUCGACGCAGCUCUCAUCCCAGCGCUUGUGACGGCGCUGCCAACGGUCGACAUGUCCCGCGAGACGCUAUUGGUGACGCCUCGGCGUUGGAGACAUCGCGAGCUCGGCUUUGUCUCGGGCAAUCCCAUGUGCACUCUGGGACGACCGCAGAGCUUCGUCCAGCAAACGUUUCGAUUCGAUGACGACUGCAGCAGCCAUAGACCGUUGACGCUCGAGUGGCACACCUUCAACGCUAUCUUUGCUCUCUGGCUUCUCGGCGGCUCCGUGUCAACGAGCGAUGUCUGCGCUUCGUUUCCGACCGACUCUGUGGCCUGUCAGCGACUUUUCGCCAAAGCCAGCUUGCUAUAUGGUGCAUUGUCUCUACCCCCGCUCAACCCGGCGUUGCUAUCAGAUCUUAUAUCGCUGGACAUGGGAUUUCUCCAGAUCUUGUACACCAACCAGACAGCCCUCACGAUCGACCAGCAGCUGCUCCUCGCACCUGACUUUUCAUUUCUCGGUGCCUCCUAUCUCUACGACUGGGCGCUCAACUUGCGCGAGGUCGUCUCGUUUCGAGGCGACGUGACUUCGUACACGCUCCUCUCUGGCCUGUACGCUCCGAUGGUCUCGGACCCGAUCGUGCCACCGGCUGCGUUCGGACCCUACCUCUGGCUCUCGGCCUCGAUCACCACAAGUACUCUAGCCAUGGUAGCUCUUGUGGUGCUACUGCUUCGCUGCUGCAGCGGCAAGGUCGAGCCCGCGUGGACGAGCUUUACGCCGUUAGUCGCGUCGGUCUAUGUCAAUUGGAACAUUCUGCUCCUCCGCAGCGCAGCGGCCAUCUUGUGCCUCGCCACAGUCCCCCUCGAUACAACGACAACACCCAGUGGACUGAACCGGCUCCUGGCAGCGCGGCGGUCGUUUCUGCUCUCGAGUAUCUUGGCUCUCGAGUCUCUCUGGCUUGUGCACGUGAUUCACGACAUGCUCCUACCGCUCGCUACGUGGCGACAACUUCCAAUGGCGUGCGUCGUCUGGCUCGUCAUCGUACUCUUGGACCAAUGCUCCCCACUUGAUCUUUCGGUGACGCUGCAUCCGGAACAGUUCGUGUCGGCCACCUGGAUCGAUGUGUACUUCUUCUAAGCAUCGUUGGCUCGGUGGUGGCAGCCUCGCUGGUAUCUUCUCGUUGGCGGCACCGUGUCUCUCCUAACACAUUCCGAAAACACCUGAGCGCGAUCUUUCCA